ACGGAAACGUAAAAAACAACAAUGAAGUUGUUGAAGACCCUCUUUUGUGUGGUCUUGAUAAUGGCUUUGGCCAUUACUACUCUGUCAGGAACAUCCUUAGAUUGGAAUGAAGAGGUAAAGUCUCUUCGGGGAAGAAGGCGGUUCCUUUCCGAGAAUGGAAGGGUGGCAUUGACAUGUGAAAAGAAUCCGAAGAUAUGUGUUGUUAAAGGUAGUGCAGGGCCUUAUUGCUGCAACAACAAGUGUGUGAAAUUUUCGACAGAUCGACUCAACUGUGGGAGGUGUGGAAAGAAAUGCAGUUUCGGAAAGAUAUGUUGCGAAGGGAAGUGCGUCAACCCUAACACUAACAAGAAGCAUUGCGGCAAAUGUGGCAACAAGUGCAACACCAAAGGUUCUUGUGUUUUGGGGAUGUGCAACUAUGCAUAG